CGAAGCAGGAACUCUGUAGGUACAUUGCUGCAAAGCUGCUUUGCCGCCCGCGCGUUUUUUGCUCCAGCUCUCAGGGGAUCCUAUGGGGGAUGCAGCUUUUCGAGAAGUGGAAUAAUUUAAUUCAAGGCGUUCGACUAACUGGCGGGUACCGGAGAAAACUACUCGUCCUAACAUAGUGCUGCUACCGGAGAAGAGAUUCGAAGCUUGUUUGCGCAAAAUAUUCGUAUUUGUACCCUAGUGCGGUAUUGUAAACAUUUAUCUUGAGGCUAAAUUAUUAAGUGGAUUUUAGUGGUACAAAUUCAGAGGAUUAACUGGGGCUUUGGUGAGAGUGGUGUACCUAAAGUAUGUGAUUAUUGCUGCACUUAGCAUUGAUGUAUUGUUGAUUUUCCAACUUGACGGACCAAGUGGAUUGAACUGGCUAUUACAUAAUUGUGCUCAGCAGGAAAGUCUACAGGAAGGGUUUCUUUUACUCUCCCCUAACAGCUGUUUGCUCUGCGGUCGCCAUUGUAUGUUCAUACUUUGCUCUGUCCGUAAUAAGUACCAAUUGACGCGAGGAGUAGAAAAUAAUUGGGUGGCUUCGAGCACACUGGUGCUAAUUAUUGUGUGCUUUUAUUAAGCAAGCUGUUUUAAAAACUAAAUAAUAAACAAGGCUGCUGGAACGGUCGUGAAAAGUGGAAAACAUUUUCUCGGAAUACAGGAUUAUACCGGACGCAAACAGUUUCUUUUAGACAACCAACAAUGGUCUUUGUGAGUUCGGCAGUGCUGGGAGCAGCUGCUGGGACGGGACUCGCUCUGCUGGUUGCAGUGACGAUUGUGAUGUACCGGUAUUACGUCGUGCGGCGUAAAGGAAAGGAGUGGGCUGAGCUGGAUCGGUUGGAGGAAAAGAAGGCAGCGAGAAAAAUUAAUCUGCAGGAAUGUAGCGUUAUUAGUGGCUCCCAUCCGGUACAACCAGCAUGUAACAUUUCACCGCAUAUGUUGGAAGGGAAAAGCAAAGCCGGCCCAGUGGAUGUAAGUUCCAGUCCAUUACAACCCAGCAUGGACCAGAAAAAGACGUACUCCGGACAGCAGAAGCCAUCCACAUCGGCUUCCAGGAAUAACAGCUUGGAAAGUGUACACUCGCGAGUCUCGAGUUGUCGUGAAGCAUCAUCCAAAUUUACGUCAAACGCAAAUCCUGAAACUAGGUCAACAAUUUCGGACAACUUUGUUAUACAGAAAUCUCGAUCACCCAAUCGAAUGAGGACCUACAGUUUAGAGGGGAAGCUUCCGUUAGGUCAGGAUUACGAAAGUCGAUCUCCGAAAGCAUCUCAAGGCAGUUUGACUUCGGUGGUAAGCGUUAAUCCCAGGGAUAUAAAUGUUUCGAAGAAAAGAAACAGCACUGUUUCUAGUGCAACAUUACCCCGCCCAGGAGAGUUCAUUACUCCAGACAGUCCCAGUGGAUCAAUACGGUCGGAUAGCAGCCGAUCUCCAAGAAGGCGUGUACCGAUAAUAAUGGCCGCUAAUGACAUCAACACCGUGAUGGGAAGGUUUAAUUUGAGAUUGAAAUAUGAUGGUAACCAAGAGGAAUUGCUUGUCCAUCUGGUAGAAGCUCAGGAAUUGACACCACCUACGGAGAAUGGCUUUCGAGAUCCCUACGUGAGGAUGUUCUUGGAUAGUGAUGAAGAACAUCGAACGCUGCAGACUGCUAUUCAUCGUGCAGAGACUCACCCAUUUUUUGACCAACACUUCUCGUUUCCCUUGAAGCCUAGGAAUCUGGUUAGGAUCAACUUUAUUUUGCAGCUACUGGACUACGACCGUUUUUCCCAUGACGAGGUCAUUGGCGAGAUUCGAUUUCUUCUCAAUACGUUGGAUCUGUCUGGCUGUGAAAUUUGGGGAGACUUAAUUGCAGUUAGGAAGCCAAUGGAAAAUUCAGCGGAAUUAUUGAUUUCAUUAAGCUAUUUACCACAGGCAGAACGACUUACGGUCGUAGUUAUGAAAGCAAAGAAUCUGAAUGUUGUGCAUGAACCGUUCGUGAAGCUUUAUUUGAUAGUCAACGACAAGCGUGCAAAAAAACGUAAGACUAGUGCUAUUCGAGCAACGGACCCAGCAAAUCCCAUUUGGAACGAGGCAUUUACCUUUGAUCUACCAGCAUCACAAAUGCAGGACGCAGGAAUAGAACUGUUUGUGACGUCCAACGAAGGAGAACUCCGUGAACCUGGUUGUGCAAUUGGAUUACAGGAAGGAGGUACUGGCUCACAGCACUGGCAGGAUAUGAUGCAGAACAAUCGCAAACCAAUUGCCAUGUGGCAUGUGUUGAGAUAAAAAGUUAUAACUGCAUCGUGACUCUUGUUUGGUGUUAUGCAUACACAUUGUUGAAUUUUUUUUUAUACAGGGAAUUAUUAUUAUCACGAUUUUUUUAUCCACCCAGAUUGAAACUUUCCAGCCAAGGUUUCAAUCAGUGCAGUUUUUAUAGUAGCCAAAUAUCAUUAUAGAUCAAACUAUUAUUGUUACGAAGAAGUUAUUUUUAAUAAAAGUUUAUAAUUGCAAAACGGAUGACUGAUGAAGUCAAAUGGUUGAAUAAAGAUAUCAAGUAUCUAAUGUCAAACUGCACAAACCAUAAUCUAUUGCUUAACCACACAAUUUACAGGUUUCAUAAAUCCUGUACUGUACUUAAAAUCCUAAGACGGCCAUUUAAUGUCAGUAAGAUAGAUAUCAACUCAGCAAUGAUUUGAUUUUAAAAUAGCACGGAUUGAACUAAUAGGCACUAUAUUCAUAGUCUGACGGAUUAAAAAUCCGGCAAAUUGGCAGCUUCGAUUUAUGCAUUACAAAUCUGGAACCCCGUGAAUAUGUUCAAGCCUUUGCAGAACAUGUUCGUUUUACGCAUUAUAUAUAUGUUUUUAUCUGCGCAGUAUCAAUUGUAUGCGGAAUAGGAGGAUAUGUUUAAAAAGGAUAUCGAACCCUUACACUUAAUGUGUGAAAUUGCCUUUUUAUUCAUAAGUCGUUUAUAAAUUCCUUCAAAUAUGCUUUAUUUUUUGUUCGAAUAUGCUCGAUUGGCUUCCAAUAUUGUCUCCGCCAAACUAUGAAUAUAGUGACUAUGACUAUAAUUGAACUCAGUAUCUUGCACUGCUCUAAAAUUUACAAAUACCACACGUUAAAUAAUGUUGGUAGACUGAGUUUUUGCUACGGCAAAUCAAGAACUUAUGAUUCAGAAACUCAUGCUUAGUUUAUGUAAUUUUAUCAAGAAAUAGAGUAGCAUCAGUCAGCAGGACGGAAAAGAUAUAUAUGUAUAUAUUGACAAGUAUUAGAGCUUAAAUAUAAAUAUUCAUAUAUCCACAAUAAAGGGAAUUUUAUAAAUUUUAUGGAAACAUAAAAAAACAAAACACAAAUGGAUGUGAAUUUUUAAAAGUGAUUUAUUUUAUACAAACAAUAUUUGCCUGAUGUGAAGAAACAAUUCGUAAUAUGUCUAUUAGCAUAGUGUUUCGCGAAAACAAAAACCCAGGAUAGAAUGUAGCUAUUCUAUCAUAAGUGAUGCUUGUGUCUAGAUUGAAAGCUGUUAGAUAGCUAGUAAAUAUGCUAAAUAUGAGCACGUAAGCCAAUUUACUGGUAGCAAGAACUGAUUAGUUUGAUUUACUAAGCUCAUUGCUCCAUUUUUUCUUACAUUCCAGCACUAAACAAAUCCCUUGAAGGUUUUUUUUUUAAUUUAAUAAAAAUAUAUUUUCUUCUUCAAUGCACAAUGGAUAAUCCAUGAAAUCAACCCAGAGACCAUAAAUUAAUGUUGCGGGAGGUUGUGUUGUGAACUUCAGCAACAUGAUUUUGACGUGACUAACUAUAUAUAUGAUACUUUACAAAUGGGCAAUGUUGUAAUCUGUAGGUUUAGUAUAUUGAAAUCA